CAAAGAGAGACGGGUGUUAGUGGACACCAAACGCUCUUGUUUCAACUGGUGAGUAGUUUUUAAGUAAGUGCAAGUAUUCACGGAUAUACAUACAGGCAUUUUCAAAAAUAAAUCCGGCUAACUAUCGAAUCUCUGUUCGAACUGCAUUCAAGAAUGAUAAAAUAAAGAUUUCGCAUCCCCGAAGACGAUGACAUUUCUCAAUUUCAGCGGAUUUAAUGUUUCUGAGGCGUUGUUUACUUUUUGUUGAAAAUUGUCAAAAACAGCAAUACCAAAGGAGCGGCUUGCGGAAUGCGCCACAUUUGUUCGCUAUAUCGUGAUCUGCUUUAAUAACGUGCUCAAACUUUUUUAAUUUAACUCGAAAGAUUUAUCGAACAGAGCUAAAAGAAUGGAAUCAAUUUUUUCAGUUUUGGCAGCACCACGCGCGUUUGCUAACAGCUGGUAAAACAGCUGUUCAUUUGUUUAUAAAUUAGACAUAAGAAUUUUCAUAUCACUUUCGUUUGGAAAAUUUUUGUUUCUCCGUAUUAUAUUUGUACAUUUCCAUUGUAUAUUUAAAAUUUCAUAGUAUUAAAUUAUGCUUUAAGAUGGACUUCAGCUUAGACUCUAAAACCGAUGAAGAUUUUUUUGGAUCAUUAACACGGCUAAACACCGAUUUGGAAAAUCUUUUUGAAUUCGAAAACCAACGUAGUGUAGGAGGUGAGCAACAGGAGUCUCUCAAGUACCAACCCACUAAACAAACAUCGAGUAAUGCCCCCACUACAAAUCGAACUAUCACGGCCAGCUCAGGCGCAACAGUGCAAGCCUGGCAAACGCUGCUGGCAAAGGUCGCUUAUGCUUAUAAAGAAGGAGUGCCUGUAGGCAAAGCGGGCGUAGCGCUGUUGCAAAGCGUGGAAAAUGAGUAUCGAAUAAUCAUCUACAAAGCUAAAUUAAAUGUGCUGACCACUUGUUCGUUGCGCGCUGACAUGGCGCAAGUUCAUCGCAGCCACAACUAUUUGCAAUUCUACGACGAUGACUUACUCUGUUGGAGUGUUUACUUCGAUGCAGAUGCCAACACUGAGGAGUUCGUAGCAAAAUUAAUUGAACUGAAUAUUGUAGUUAGCGAAGGUGAGCAAAAAGGGGGAAAAUAUGCUAUUUCAGAGUUAGAAAAAGCUCCAGAGAACAGUGUUUCGAUUGCGGCUACUAAUCCAAUGUGCUUUAAGGAUAUAGAUAAGCCUCCUAUAGUAACAUCUAAACCCACCAAAACGGCGUUAAUAUGCCGCAUGGCCAAAAUGGGUCAGCAGCUACCGAAAUUGUCACCAGCAGCAAAUUUGCAAAACAGUUUAGAUGCCACCGACUCUUCGGAUGCCGAGAUAAUAUCCACGCCAUUAGCAACGCCACAACUCAAACACCAAUCAACGCCGCGUAACUGCAGUAGAGCGUUGGCAAAGACACAACCGCUGUCCUUGAGCCAAAUAAAUCCAUAUCCUAGUGGAGCGGUUAGUGGUGCUUUCGAGACACAAUUCAUGCAAAUGAUGCUCUCCGAAAAUCGUACCCAUAGCUCCGAACUGCGAAUGAACAUCAACAGAUUGGAGAGCAAAGUAGAGAAAAUAAUUGAUAAAAUCGACUUGCUACAUUCCAGUUCUGGCGAUAAAGUGGAUAAGGAAGAUGAAAUGUUAGCACUUGAAGAAAAAGUUUUGGAACUGAAGAAAGAAAAUCGGAAGCUACGGCAGACAAUCGAGGGGAAGUAUGAAAGUAAACCAAAUUGUGAACAAAUAUUGCAGACCUUUAGCGCUGAGCUGGCGGAUGUAAACCUAGCCAAUGUCGAUAGCCUGGAGAGGCUAGUAGGCGAUUUGUUGAAGCAACGCGCAGCCAUGUAUAACAAAUUAGAAGAAUGGGAAAGGGAUCUGGCAGAAAAAAAUGUGCAAUUAAAGACGAAUCAGUCCCGUAUGGACGAUGAAGAAGAUAUGUUGGCAAAAACGAUAGCGAAGAAGGCACAGCUGGAAGAAGACGUAAAAUCGCUGGAAAAUCGCUUGAUAGAUAAGGAAAAAAUAGAAAGUGAUUUACGCCAUCAACUCGCUGAAUCGAAUAAAGAAUGUUUAGAGCAGAAGCAACAGUACGAGGAAAACAAGCAUAAAGGAACCCAACAGGAAGAGGAUUUAGACUCACUUCAAAAACGCUUGGCAGACAAAGAGAAAAUAGAAAAGGAUUUGCGGCACCAACUGGCUGAAGCAAACCAAGAGUGCCUUGCACAAAGACAACAGUAUGAGGAGAGUAAGCUAAAGGAAGCGAAAGUCAACGCAAAAGUACGCGAUUUGGAAGAGCAAAAUACUAAGUUGCAACAAACACUGGAAGAAAAUAGUAAGAAGGCGGGGAGCCUCAAUGAGGAGGCAGAUGAGUCACAUGAAGAUAGACUAUCCGUUCAACAACAAAUUGAAACAGUAUUGAAGAAGACAAUGAACAAUUUGUAUGCUAGCUUAGCAACUAAAUUGGAUAAUAUUGUGCCAGUUCAGAAGAAUGCCGUUAUAGCAAUAGUGGGCAAAACCAUACGCGAGGAAACGCUCAAGGCAAUGGACGAGUUGAAGCAAAAGUGAUUGUUACCCAAUGUGUACGCGUUGAAUGCUUGUGGUUAUAUUUGUAUUAGUAAAGCGGUUAAAAUAACACUAUUCCAAUAGCUUUAUAUGCCCUACAAAUUAUCCAAAUUAUGUUAUAAUAAAAUUUAUACGUAAAUAAUAUAAAUUGAUUUUGUUUUAAACAUAUCAGUCGGUACUGUGGUAAAUCUAUGGAGCUAUAUUUUUAAAUGGAUUGCUUCCACAGCCGAUAUUGGGGACAAUAAUCAUUUAUGAGGUUGUACGAAAAAGAAUCACAAACUAAGCCUUUCAGUAAUAAUUUUCAUUAUUAUUUGUAGCAUAAUUAAUUUAUUUUUCCUUUCAAUAAGAUCAACCAAAUGUUUACAAACCAAGCCUUUGCAGCAAUCUAGUUUGUAUGUAUGUAUACCUUUAAUAAUAUUACGUUAAAUACAUACAUAUAUGCUCUAUUUUUCCACUGAGAAAUAUAAUUUAACUAAUCAUACAAUUAAUGAAACAUGCGCGCAUAGGUAUGCAAUGUAUAUUAUGCAUACAUUUAUUUGCUUGCAUACAAUCUACGCAAAGCCAAAAUAAG